GCACGUAGUGAUUUCGUUUUAUUAGCAGUAACUAAGUUAAUAGGUUGGCACGUGCAAUUUGAGAUUAAAGAAAGCCUCUCCAAUCCUGGUGAAGGAUGGCAACAGUGAGGUCAUCUGUGAUGUCUGUCUAGUUCUUCUCAAGGAUGUCCAACAACAAAUCUCCAAUGAGAAAAACCAGGCUAAAUUUGUGGAUCAUAUGAUUACCAAGUGUGAUCGCCUGGAGGGAUUCGCCAAGGAACGAUGUUUCGAUGUUGUCCACAGCCUGAGUCCUGCCAUGGUUCAGCUAUUUGCCCAUGAAAUGAAUCCGUCUGGACUGUGUACAUUUCUCAAGUUUUGUCCAGCAGUGGAAAUCAACAGAGAACCCGUUGUGUCCCAGGAGCCAGAAUCAGAAAAAAAGACCACCAAAUGUGAGUUCUGUCAGUUCCUGAUUAACGUGAUCCAGAGGUAUAUAAAGAAGAACUCGUCACUGCCAGCUAUCAACCAGACAGUCUACCAAAUCUGUGACAAGAUGCCACAGUUUCUCCAGUCAAUGUGUUAUAAAGAGGCACCUGAAAUUGUGAAGCAACUGGCUGCUGGAAUUGACCCUCAUGAUAUCUGUGUUAAAAUUGGGGCAUGUCAAGCCACUGAUGGAGAGAAACCUCUGGAGUGGAAAGUGAUCAGCUGUAACAUGUGUAAUGUUGUUGCAGAACAGUUGCUACCAGAAGAAGCUGGAGCAGUCUGUGAGGAACUCAAGAUAUGUGUGCCCCGCAAACAGAAACCACAAACUAACACACACACAGAAAUAACAGAGGAAGGUGCCGCGUGUGCACUGUGCGAGUUCCUGGUGCAGACCAUUGACAAAUACAUCAAGCAGAACAAGUCAGAGGCAGCCAUCAACCAGACGGUCUACAAGAUCUGUAACAGUCUGCCAGAGCCACUGAAAGAUGGGUGUCUUCAGUUUGCUCCAGAACUUGUCAAAGUUCUGUCUGAAGGAAUAGACCCGAAAAAAGCAUGUGAGAAAAUCAAGUUGUGCACAAACUCCACUAUCUCCACUAUGUCAGAGCUCCAUCGAUCUCGCAGAUCAGUGACAGAGAAAUUGGGACCAGCCUGUGAAUUGUGCCAGUUUCUCAUCAAUGCCAUUGACAAGUACAUUCAGAAGAACAAGACUGAGGCGGCCAUUAAUGAAACAGUCUACAAUUUCUGUACCAAGCUUCCAGUACCUCUCAAACAAACAUGUCUUGGAUUUGCUCCCAGUCUGGUAAAGGUGUUGUCUGAAGGUCUUGAUCCCAACAAAGCUUGUGCCAAGAUUGGACUUUGUGCAGAUGAGAAUCAGCAAAAUAGGACUCCUGUAGAAGUCAUUCCUCAACAGAAAGAGCUUACGAAUAAGGACAAUGACUUCAAGUGUGAUCUGUGUAAGACGGUGGUACAACUGGUCGACUCCUACAUUGAGAACAACAAGUCUGCAGCGGCCAUCAACGCCACAGUCUACAAGAUCUGUAACUCUCUGCCAGCUGGAUUCAAGGACAUGUGUUUGUCCAUGGCUCCUGGAUUAAUCAAGGAACUGGAGAAUGGCUUUGACCCACAGAAAGCAUGCAAUGCCAUCCACAUGUGUACCAACAGCACAGGUUUUAAUGUGGCUAUGCUGAAAAAACCAGUUGAGAAAGUAGAGCAUGUUGUUGAAGAGGAAUUCUCAGACAUUAAAAAGGAUAAUGAUUUCAAGUGUGAUCUGUGUAAGACGGUGGUACAACUGGUUGACUCCUACAUUGAGAACAACAAGUCUGCAGCGGCCAUCAACGCCACAGUCUACAAGAUCUGUAACUCUCUGCCAGCUGGAUUCAAGGACAUGUGUUUGUCCAUGGCUCCAGGAUUAAUAAAGGAACUGGAGAAUGGUUUUGACCCACAGAAAGCAUGUGAUGCCAUCCACAUGUGCACCAACAGCACAGGUUUUAACAUGGCCAUGUUGAAGAAACCAGUUGAGAAGAUAGAGCAUGUUGUUGAAGAGGAAAUCACACACAUUAAAAAGGACAAUGACUUCAAGUGUGAUCUGUGUAAGACGGUGGUACAACUGGUCGACUCCUACAUUGAGAACAACAAGUCUGCAGCAGCCAUCAACGCCACAGUCUACAAGAUCUGUGACUCUCUGCCGGCUGGCUUCAAAGAUAUGUGUUUGUCCAUGGCUCCUGGAUUAAUCAAGGAACUGGAGAAUGGCCUUGACCCACAGAAAGCAUGUGAUGCCAUCCACAUGUGUACUAACAGCACACGUAUUCCUGUUGUUAUGGAAACAAAUCCCAUAGAGGAAAUAAAACAUGCUGCAGCGGUGGCCUUGAAGAAAGUGAAAAAGGACAACGACUUGAAGUGUGAUAUGUGUAAGAUCGUGGUACAGCUGGUCGACUCCUACAUUGAGAACAACAAGUCUGCAGCGGCCAUCAAUGCCACAGUCUACAAGAUCUGUGACUCUCUGCCGGCUGCGUUUAAAGACAUGUGCCUAACCAUGGCUCCUGGCCUAAUCAAGCAACUAGAGAAUGGUCUGGAUCCACAGAAAGCUUGUGAUGCCAUCAAAAUGUGUUCUAAAAGCACAGGGUCUCUGAGUAACAUUUUGAAGGCUGCGAGAGCCAUGCCAAUGGGAACUUUGAAAUGUGAGCUGUGCAAGGCAAUGAUGUCAACCAUUGAUGAAGAUCUUUAUGGCGAUGAGGAUAAGAUUAAGAAAACAUUGGAUGAAGUUUGCCACAGACUUCCACCUCCCACUGAUCAAAAGUGUGUUGGAUUCAUGGAUCCUAACUUUCCUAAGAUUUGGGAGGAAUUUCUCAGCAAGAUGAUCUCCCCUACGAAAGUGUGUGAAUUCCUCAAACAGUGUCCUCCACCCACUAACAGAACACUGUAAAUCACAUACAAAGAGUUGCAGAAACUCAAACAACUAUACAGCACAUAAGUGGCCUGUUGUUCAAAGCAUAGUUAAAUUAACCCUUGGUUAGUCUAACAUUUUCCUUUCAAUUAUUUUUUGCACAGAUACAAAAUAAACUUUAGAUUUGAUUAUGUAUAGAUACCUUUGGUUCUCCUAAAUCAAAUUUCAACAUAUGUUCUCAAUUAUUAUUUGUAUUGAUUUAGUCAUUGGUUUUGAAUAUUUCUGUUAACCACUAGUUAAGGGGCAUUCGUAUUAUGCGAUUAGUCGCACUGAAUUGUUGUAUGUGAUUUGUCGGCCAUAAAAAUCGGAACGUAUAAGACUAAAGUUGUUCCGACUUGGGUAUUCUCACAGAACGAUUUGAUCACAUAAUGAGAACGCUUCUUUAAAGGGACAUUCCUGAGUUUGCUGUAAUUUUUUGAGAUGUUAUCGACUAACAGAGACUUUUUAACAAUUGUAAUUACAUAUCAAAUAUAUUGUUCUGCAUAAAAUAUUA